GCCCCCCACGUGCCCCCCACCCUCCUCACAUCACGUCGCGAGCCCCCCAAAUGGCGCGGCUCCGUCUCAAGAGCCUCUUCCUCCUCUACUUCGUGGCGUCGUGCGGCGGCCUCCUCUACGCCCUCUCGCAGCUCGGCCAAUCGUGCGACUGCCGCACGCACCUGGUGGCGGCCGAACAGCGCGAGUCGGAGCUCCUCUCGGAGCUGCGACGCGUGCGCAGGGCGGCGCGCGCUCGCGACCGCGUCGGUGCCGGGCGCCGUGACGACGACGGCGGCGACGGCGGCGGCGACGAUGACGAGCGGCCGCUGCCCACGAUCUACGUGGUGACGCCCACGUAUGCCCGCCUCGUGCAGAAGGCUGAGCUGACCCGCCUGGCACACACGCUGGCGCUCGUGCCCGCGCUCCACUGGGUGCUGGUGGAGGACGCGGAGGAGCCGUCGGCGCUGGUGCGGCGUCUGCUGGAGGGCUCCGGACUCGAGCACACGCAGCUGCACGCAGCGACUCCUUCGCGGAUGAAGCUCGCGGACUCGGACCCGCGCUGGCUGAAGCCACGGGGGGUCCUGCAGCGCAAUCGCGGCAUCGCUUGGCUCCGCGAGCACCGUGCCGCCGACACCGGCGCCGUCGUCUACUUUGCCGACGAUGACAAUACGUACAGCCUGGAGCUCUUCGAGGAGAUGCGCUGGACGCGCGGCGUGUCGGUGUGGCCGGUCGGGUUGGUGGGCGGCCUGCGCUUCGAGGGCCCCGUGGUGGUGGAGGGCCGCGUCGCGUCGUUCCACACGGCGUGGCGGCCAGAGCGGCCGUUCCCCAUCGACAUGGCCGGGUUCGCCGUGAGCCUGAGCCUCCUGGUGUCGCACCCGCAAGCCGCCUUCGACCCGGACGCGGCGCGCGGGGACCUGGAGUCGAGCCUGCUCGUGUCGCUCACCUCCGCCGAGCAGCUCGAGCCGCGAGCGAGAAACUGCACCGAGGUGCUGGUGUGGCACACACGCACGGAACGGCCCAAGAUGAAGCAGGAGGAGGUGUUGGUGAAACAGGGCAAGGGGUCCAACCCGGCCGUAGAAGUGUGAGGUCCGCAGGCGGCCGCUGCGGACUAGAGUAGAUGUGCGUGUGUGGAGCGGCGGUGCGGUGGGUAUCGCUCCGCGCGACAAAACCCGGCGAGCCGAGGUUCGAUUCCCGCUCAAGGCCAAGAUCACCGACAUAUAUAAAAACUGGUCCUGGGCCUCCCUGAGGUUGGCUCGGGCUUAAAUGAGCACCUGGUGCGGUGUGUAAACGUGAGCAUUGGGGAUACAAAGGCGGUCGAGUGCUGACCACUCGUGUGCCAUACUUGUAGGUGCUCGCUAACAGCACUUGCCUCGACAGCUUGUUAAAGGCGAUACGGUGUUUAACGCCCCGCGCUAUAAUCCUGACAACUUUGUUCGAUUGCUGGCCAUGUUGCACCAGUUGUGCAACAUGGCCAGGAGCCUGUACUGGCACUCCUCUAGGUCAACUCAGCUGUAAAUUUGUAUCUAAAGAAGUCCGUAACAUACCAACAGACGGAACAAAGGUGACGACGUGGUGUUGGCCACACCACCUUUUUGCCAUUUGCCGCGUCAGCCUCAGCACUUGUCUGUACGAGACAAAGCAGAAAUCCUGUCUGUUGACCACAGUUGUCAACAUAUAUGACCAACAGGAGUGGCGGGGAACAGAUGGCAGUAUUUCAGACAUCGAGAAUGCAUUGUUGACAUCCUGCGUUCACGCCUUGUAUGUGGGUCUGGGGUGGUGACAUGCCUGGAGGUGGGACUGGUGGACCAUGCAAAGAUCAUGCGAGACAUGAGGUGCAUUACCAUGAUGUGGUGCCUCCCAGAGGCAGUACAGAAAGUGGGCUUCCGACUUGCCACAGUAUUGUUCUCUUGUAGAUGUGGAUUGUUUACCUCCUGCAUGCAACGAUCCUCAAAAAAUAAUUGGCUAAAGCUCCCAUGCAGGAACCUUUUAGAAUGUUUGUUUAAGAUACAGGCCAUGCUGAGUUAAGAGAUACAUGCUUUAAGUUUGCACCCGGUGUACAAGAUGUCUCAUGCGCAGCAAGUUCUUCUGUCGCCGACGGCUUUGGAAAUAUUUCAUGGGCGUCAUGGUGGCGACAUGUUAACUUCCUUGCCCGGUGCACAGGAGGUCGUGGGUUCGAUCCUGACCCUGACGAACUGUAUAUUUGUAAAGUCACGUAGAAGG